GGUCGGAGCUCCUCUGCCAACCUCAUCAGUCCUUCGUUCGUGAAACAUCCAAAAACUCAAAUAAAAAGGCAUUAAAAAGGGUGAGGGAGAGAAUAUUAACACCCACAUUUUGAACAAAAUCAUACAAAAUAAUGCAAAAAUCUGUAGCAAAAGAUCACCAAAAAGAAGAACAGCACCACCGUCUUCUCAUCCAUGGAAGACUCUAACCUUCCCUUCAAUCUCUUCCUCUUCCUCUCUCUCCUCCUCUUCUCAGCAGCAGUAGAAGCAGACCUAACAUGGGAGCUCAAGAAGCAGAACCAAGACGCCGCCGCCUUCAUCGGUGUAAACAUCGGUACGGACACCUCUAACCUCCUCUCACCGACGGCCAUCGUCUCCCUCCUCCAGCUCCAGCAAAUCUCCCACGUCCGUCUCUACGACGCGGACCCCGAUCUCCUCCGCGCCCUGGCCCACACCAAGAUCCGCGUCGUCGUCGGAAUCCCCAACAACCAGCUCCUCGCCCUCGGCUCCUCCAACGCCACCGCCGCCGCCUGGAUCGGCCGCAACGUCGUCGCCUUCUAUCCCGAUACCCUCAUCACCGCCAUCGCCGUCGGCGAUGAGGUCCUUACCAGCGUCCCUUCCGUGGGCCCACUCCUCGUCCCCGCCAUUGAAUUUCUCUACGCCGCUCUCGUCGCCGCCAACCUGCAUACCCAGAUCAAAAUCUCCACCCCGCACUCGGCCUCCAUCGUCCUCGACCCCUUUCCCCCUUCUCAGGCCUUCUUUAACCAGUCACUAAACUCAGUCAUCCAGCCGUUGAUCGCGUUCCUCUCCCGGACGGAAUCGCCCCUGAUGAUGAAUCUCUACCCUUACUACGUCUUUAUGCAGAAUCGGGGCGUCGUUCCGCUCGAUAAUUCGCUCUUCAAGCCACUAACCCCCGCCAAGGAGGAGGUGGACCCGAAUACCCUGCUGCAUUACACCAACGUCCUGGAUGCGAUGAUCGACGCGGUCUACUUCUCGAUGAAGAACCUCAACGUCACCGACGUCGCCGUCCUCGUCACUGAGUCCGGCUGGCCGUCGAAGGGGGACUCGAAAGAGCCGUACGCGACGAUCGACAAUGCAAACACCUACAAUUCGAACCUGAUCAAGCACGUGAUCGACCGCAGCGGGACGCCGCUGCAUCCAGAGAUCACGUCCAGCGUCUUCAUCUACGAGCUCUUGAAUGAAGAUCUGCGGCCGGGGCCGGUGUCGGAGGCGAAUUGGGGGCUUUUCUAUGGGAAUUCGACGCCGGUGUAUCUGCUGCAUGUUACAGGGAGUGGGACGUUCCUGGCCAACGACACGACGAACCGGACGUUUUGCGUGGCGAUGGACGGCGUGGAUUCGAGGACACUGCAGGCGGCGCUGGAUUGGGCGUGUGGGCCCGGGCUAUCCAAUUGCUCGGAGAUCCAGCCAGGGGAGGUUUGCUACCAGCCGAACAAUGUGAAGAGCCAUGCUUCGUAUGCGUUCGAUAGCUACUACCAGAAGGAAGGGAAGGCCGUUGGAUCCUGCGAUUUCAAGGGUAUCGCCAUUGUCACCACCACAGACCCAAGUCACGGUAGCUGUAUUUUUCCUGGCAGGAUAGGGCUCGACCCUAGAUUAAAUGAGCGGCGUGUUUAAGUAGGACCCAGGCCGUAAGGACGGUGGGCUCUACGUAUGACGUCCACUGGGGAAAGAAAUCACACUGAUGUGACAAUUCCAGACGUCCAAUUAGAGAACUCCUGGUUGAUUAAGGACUAAUAAUCUUUUCUGAUCCGCUUGUCGGCUGAUCAGAUGGUUAGGACAGUUGUCAUUGUGCUAAUUUUUUUUUAUUGUGGAAUUUUUUGGGGAGGCCCAACUAAUUAAUGGUCCGUUCGCACCCGCAUGUUUCUUGAUUGUGGUUAUGGAGCGUACACCCAUUUACACGUGUGUGCGGGGGACGCGGGUUGCCUACAGCCCGGACUAUGUGGGACCGACCGUGAUGUUUGUGAGAAAUCCACUCCGUCCAUCCGUUUACCAAAUCAUGUCAGGAGAUAGACCCAGAAAAUAGGCAGAUCAAAAACUCUCGAGUCGUCCACAGGAUAUGAAAAGGUGAGGUGGGAAAUGUUUAGCGUUGAAAUCUUCUUGGGUCGACCGUGAUGUUUAUAUGACAUCCAAACCGUUCAUAAGAUAAUUAAAAAUUUUGACCCGACAAAUGUUUCAACGUUGGACAUUCAAUACCCACGUUUUCAUUUAGCGUGGCCCACUUGAGUUUUGAUUCUGACUCAUUUUUGAGCUUAUGUCUUAACAUGGGCUGUUAAAACGGAUGGAUGGGUGGAUUUUCACAAACAUCGCGGUGGUAGCAGGGCCGCGUAGCUUCCGUCCGGUCGUCGUCGGAGGCAAUCCUCGUCUCGCGCGCGUGAAGGUGGACGAAACGCACAGAUGUCGGUCUGCCACGAUUUAUUAAGUAGUGUUUUUCCACUGUACUUGUCUUAGACCUGUCAUACAAGCAGUACGAUCCAGGCUGUGCAAAUUGGAUUUCCUGCUAAAAGCCUUUGGCAGGAAGCUCCUGCGCUGCGAUGGUAGGUGGGGCCCACCGUGAUGUUUAAGAGAAAUUCAUACCGUGCAUUUAUUUCGAGAGAUCAUUUUAGUACAUGCGACCAAAAUUAAGGUGGAUCCAAAACUCAAGUGGGCCGCACCUGAUGAAACGGUGGGGAUUCAGUUACUACCGUUUGAAACAUUCGUAUGGCCACAAAGUUUCAUAUCAAGCUAAGUUUUUGGUGUUUUGACUUCAUCCCAGUGGGAAUGACCUUAUAAACGGUUUGGAUGGCGUAUAAACAUUAGGGUAGAUGUCAGGAAGGUUUCAAGAAUAGGAAACUCUUUCCACGGUUUUCCCUCUCGUGUGGCCCACUUAAGGUUUGGAUCCAUCUCAUUUUUUGUAGCAUGACCUAAAAUGAGCUCUCAAAAUGGAUGGACGGUGUAGAUUUCUCACAAACAUCACUGUGGCCCCACCUAACAUUCCAGCGCAGGAACUCGCCUUUCGCAGGAAA